UAGCGUGUAGGGCGUAGGGAGUAGGGCGUAGGGAGUAGGGAGUAGGGCGUAGGCACCAUAACGUCUAAAUGGAACGCGGCCUACAACCCCUCCCACCCUCCACUACCUUACUGAUUGCUGGACCAUCACAAAAUCUGUCAACCACGUGAUGGUUUUCCUACGCGCUGUUCCUCUGCAGCUCAGCUCGGCUCCACUUAUGAGUGAUAAAUAAAAAGUCUCUUAGGAUCGAGACUCGCCUGUUUACCCUCCGCUGCUUAUUUACUCUCUUUUAAACUUUUUAAACGAUGCCUCGUCCAUUCCUGCUGCUCCUCGCUCUCUCAUCCGCGCUCCACUGCUCGCGCCAAGAGCUGAUUGAUGACCUGCUGGACAGUUUGUCCAAAGCAGUGGCCUUUUUCGAAAAGCAAAGCGGGCACAUUAACCUGGACGGCGUUGUCGGUUAUGUCGUUCUGCAGACUCAGUUACAGGAAGCCACGAGAUCUUGGCCUCACUCAGACUUCGUCAGCCUCUCUCAGCGCUCCACAGCUGUGUCUCUGGUCAAAAAGCUGGACAGAAGCUUGUCUCACGCUGUCAGGUCGCUGCAGGAGACGGACCAGAAAUAUUACAAAGAGUUCGAGCCCAUCCUGGACACAGCUUUUUGGGUUUUGCCUCGCGAAUGGAGCUCCACUGACCCUUCCCUCGUGUACUCAUCGCUCAGAACUACAGAGUGUUAUGAUGAGCAGGUGGGAGACAAGUGCAUGACGCUGCUGCUGGGAACGUGGAAAGACAACGGGACGCCGUGCAUCGUGACGAAGUCCUGCAGAGACACAAUGACGCGUUUCGGAUGUCCAUAUUACUCGCUGUCUCACCAGCUGCUGUACUUCAUGAUUGGGACCAUGAAAGGAUGCUCCAGGAUGCUGAAAGGUGAUAUGCGGCUGUCUCGCGUCAACAUUACUGUGGAACACUAUCAGAGGAUAUUCUGCUCCAACAUGAUGAAGAGCAACCAGGAGAUUAUCAGCAAAGGCUUCACCAGCCAGAUGCAGGAUAUUUUCAUCGAAAACAUUCUUCUAUGUGGUUUGGCUGGCUUCUCCGACUUUUACAAAGCAGACUGGUUACAACACAUUCUGGAAUGGCAAGACAAAGAACUGGGCUGUUUUGGAAAAGAGGAGGACUACUUGCAAAUGUUUGAGGAAUUCUUGGAUACGCCCCACCGGCGAGUGAAAAGAAGAGAAAAGACUCUAAAAGACGGAUGUUCGAGUCACAUGACGGGUGUUGCAGUGAGUGCACUGGGCGGUUACCUCAACUUCUACCUAGCUGAGCAAGACAUUACAAAGAGGCCGCUGAUCUAAGACUCUGGACACUGUGGCUAUGGACCUGUGCAUAAAAUAAUAACAAACUGUUACAUUCACUAACACGCAUGCCUUUUUAUUCUAUAGAAAAAUAAACAAUCUGUACAUUUUUAAAUAGCAGUAUAGUAUCGAAGAGCGAUGCUCUGGUAAUAAAACAACAUGCCAUAUAAAGAUAAACAUGAGUAGACAUAUAUCAUAGCCUUAACGUAAGAAAAGAAAUGAAGGUUGGUGAGUUAAAGCAGAUUUUUGAUGCUCAGAGUUUGGAACCCCUGUGGGUGCAUUUUGACCCAAAGAGCUUUCUCAAUAAUGCAUGUUUAACUGCAUUCCAGUAACAGCAUGUACUCUCAAGCUGCAUGGGAAGCAAGACUGAAGUCAUAAAAACUAGGUUUUGCAAAAGAAAUUACACUCUAACAAGCAUUAAUCAGUGAAAUAUUUUUGAUUUUUUCCCCAAUCCUGAUCCUGUGGAGUACUGAGACCCUCUUGCACUGCACAUUACUGUUCUCCUGCUUUAAUAUAGCCAUUUUAUCCUCAUAAAAGGUUCGAAUCAGAUCUGUUAAAUGAAGAAAAGCACUAAAAUGUGCAGUGCAGAGGGACUCCAGCAUCAAGACUGGGAAACUCUAGUACGCUACUCUUGUUGUAGAAAACAUUAAAGGUUUUUCCACCUAAUCUCUGUCUGCUACAACUGUAGCAUAGGUUUGAUUACCAUGUAAUAAUUUCGAUGUGUUACUUGUAAAGUUGGCACGAUACCAGUUUUACUUUUCUGAUACCGAUAAUGAAUUACGAAUACCAAAACUAAAACGUUUAGUACCAACAUAUCGCUGCUGUCAGAAAAAAACCUCAUAUCUCCAAAAUGGUAACUUUACAGGAGAAGGAAAAAACCUACUUUGCUUUUAAUGUAAGUCAAUGGAACCAGACUUCCAAGUAAUUUUGGGCUGUUUCUUUUGGUCCAUUCAUCAUGAAAUUUACAUACAAUGUAAAGGACAACAGGUAUUUUCAAAUUAUAUCAAAAACUGAAAAACAAAAAUGGAGAUAAGUUUUCCCGACAGCAGCGAUAUGCUGGUAUUGAAUUGAUACGGAAUUAUUUGGCAAAAAAAUCUCAUGCACACAAUUGUCCACUUAGCCUAGAUGUCGUUGAUCAGCCAAGACAUGUUUGGUGUCCAAAUGUUGCUUCUUUAGCUUAGUGCUGGAGCUACAAGACUAGCACUGCUAACCAACACUACAAGUCAAUAGUCACCCAAAUCUUUUCCAUAAGUACAUCCAGAAAAUGUCUCUCAAACCGCGUCUUCAUUCAGGUCACACUUGUUCGUGUGGUUUAGGAUACAGUAUGACUUACUGUGAGCUAUUAACAUGAACAAAACUACUUUGUGUGGCUGAAUUCAGCUACUGUACCAAAGUCUGAUUCCUAUGGACGCACAUAAGCAUAUACACUACAGACGGUGCUGCUUCUGUUCAUAAAUAAUUAGUAAUAUUAAAUUUUCUACCUGAAUAUUUGUAUAGUUUAUAUAGUGAAAAACCUGUUGGCUACAAUGGCUACAUCAACAACCCAGUGCAGCCUUUAUGAGGAGCUGGAUGUGGUUUAAGUAAGUUUAGAGAAGUUUUGAGGGCGUAUUUACGUAAAUGAUUUUGGUGACUAAGGACUUCUAGUGUUUCUUGGCAACAAUCAGCUUGUAGCUUAAUGGGGACCUGGAUGCAGUUUGAGUGGAUUGAGAGAAGUUUUGGGGCUGUAUUAAAACAAAAGAUUUGGGUGACUAUUUACUUCUAGUGUUUGGCUCGGCUGAAAGUUGGUGGAAAGUUAUGUACAUUUGAUUUUUCAUUAAACAAUUAUUUUAAAAAAGUA